GAAAACGAUGCCUGGAUCGCUCUCCUCGUCGUUAUCCUCCUCAUGUCAUUGACGUCUAUCGUCGUUGGUCUUCGGAUAUAUACAAGACUUGCUAUAAUCAAGAAGCUCGGUUGGGAUGAUUACUGCGUGAUCCUAACAUGGGUAGUUGCUUUAGCAGACGGUGCGACCAUCUCGUCAACUGUUCCCUACGGCCUUGGGAGGCAUACGGCAACACUCGACCAGUCUUUGCUCCCAUCGUACCUAAGAAAUUUCUAUUUUUCUAUCGUCCUCUAUAACCUCACCCUGAGCCUCAUCAAACUCACUUUUAUGAUUCAAUACUAUCGAGUGCUAUCAGUUCACAAGAUGAAGAUGAUCAUUUGGGCACUCGGAACUGUGAUCAUGUUGUGGGCGCUGUCACAGCUACUUGUCUCGAUCUUCACCUGCUUUCCGUUGCAGAAGUUCUGGGAGACAGAUCUGCCAGGCCGUUGUAUGCCUGACCUGCCGUUCUGGUACAUCAACGCGGCCGGCAACAUAAUUACAGAUGUUGCGAUCUUCAUAUUGCCACUACCGGUGCUACACAAUUUGCACCUACACAAGAAGCAAAAGUACUUUUUAUUGGGCAUUUUCAGCCUUGGAUUCUUCACCUGCGCCAUGUCUCUUAUCCGUCUAGCAUACCUCAAGCAGGGUUCCGACUUCACCUUCGACAACAUCCCUACGUCAUGUUGGUCCAUGGCCGAGCUGGCCUGCGGUAUCACGUGCGCAUGCCUACCGACACUCCGACCGUUGAUGUCAAAGAUCAAGCCG